GCAUCAGCUAGUCAGCUUGUGCAUGUGUGUUUUUAAAAGGGAGAGUGAAGAGCAAGUCUUGCUCUUCUCUGGGUGGCGGGCACAUGAAUUGGACCUUGUUCCUAAUAGUUUGACCUUAGUUGGGAACAAAGUAAAAUCAAGAAAUAUUUUAACUUUAUCAAGUGGGACAUCAAGGUGAAAUGAGUUGGUGUUUGGUGCUCAUGGGGGUUCUGCUGACGCUUGGUUCUCUGUGUUGGGGAGAGAAGGGCCUGGAGGUCCCUGAAUAUGAUGGGCAAGACCGUGUCCAUCAAAUGACCAACAAGAACUACAAGUCUGUGAUGAAGAAAUACGAUGUCAUGGUGAUCUACUUCCACAAACCUGUUGGCGAGGACCGCAUAUCCAGGAAGCAGUUUGAGGUGGAGAAACUUGCUUUGGAGUUGCUAACAAGCCCUGCCGCCCUGACCUAUCAGCUCGCCGCUCAGGUGCUGGAUGAUCUUGAGGAUGAGGACAUUGGAUUCGGCCUGGUGGAUUCAAAGAAAGACAUUGCUGUUGCUAAGAAUCUGGGUCUGAAUGAGGUGGACAGCAUCUACAUCUUUGCUGAUAACGAGAUCAUUGAGUAUGAUGGAGAGCUGGCGGCUGACACACUGGUGGAAUUUCUCUAUGACGUGAUUGAGGAACCUGUGGAGAUCAUCAAUAAUGAGAGAGAGCUCAAAGGCUUUCAUAACAUCGAGGAGGAUAUUAAACUGAUGGGGUUUUUCAAAAGCGAGAAAUCUCCACACUUCAUUGAGUAUGAUGAUGCAGCUGAGGAAUUCCACCCCUUCAUCAAGUUCUUUGCCACAUUUGAACCAAAGAUUGCUAAGAAAUUAAACCUAAAGUUGAAUGAGGUGGAUUUCUACGAGCCCUUCAUGAGUGAACCAGUCACCAUCCCCGGCAAACCCUACACUGAAGACGACCUCAUAAACUACAUCGAGGAACACAACAGACCUACUCUGAGGAAAAUGGAGCCCCACAGCAUGUAUGAGAUCUGGGAAGAUGAUAUUAAAGGACAACACAUUGUUGCCUUUGCAGAGGAGUCCGACCCUGACGGUUAUGAGUUCCUGGAGAUUCUGAAGGAAGUGGCUCAAGAAAACACUGAGAACCCAAACCUGAGCAUCAUCUGGAUUGAUCCCGACGACUUCCCACUGCUGGUGCCAUACUGGGAGAAGACCUUCGGCAUUGACCUCUCGUCUCCUCAGAUCGGCGUAGUGGAUGUGGAGGAUGCUGACAGUGUGUGGAUGGAGAUGGAUGAUGAGGAGGAUAUGCCCACUGCUGAAGAGCUCGACACCUGGAUCGAAGAUGUAAUAGAAGGAAAAAUCGAUCCUGAUGAUGAUGAUGAUGAUGAUGACGAUGAAGACAAUAAUGAUGAUGAUGACGACGAUGAUGAUGACGACGAUGAUGAUGAUGACAACAAUGAUGACAAUGAAGAUGAGUAAAUUCUUGUCUCAGUCUCAGACAUUACUUCAUCGUUAUGUGCACACAUCCACGACAUUCAUCAGCGUCAGUUUCGUUUAGAACACGUCGAUCUCUUCAUGUCAUCAUCACGAACUGAACUCUCAUUGACUCGUCUGACACAGUGUCUCAUUAUUUAACUUACCGGCAUGGUCAUUGGACACCAGUAUGCCAACUCAUACGUCAGGAACAAAACAUCAUAUCGGGGAUAGACACUGUACUUUUCUGUCCUUAUACUUGGACUACUUGAUUGUGAUAAAUGUGUGUGUGUGAGCAAAAGAAGCAGGGGCUUGCUAAACAAUACAACCUUGUUACAAUAACCUGUUUUGUUAAUAGUUUUUAUUUUUAUUAUUUGCAUUUAUGAGAGCAGAGUAAAUGAUGCUCACUGGAAAGUCUUAACCUUCCACCCUCUGGAAUGUCUAAAGAAAAAUGUAAAGGAAAAAAUACAACGAGAAAAGACAGAGAAACAAAUUGUCAAUGAGUCAUCUUUUUUGUGAGUUUGGGAUUACUGAAGACUGCAUGUGCAGUGUGACAGAAUGUGUUAUUACAGUUUCAGGAUUUUCUCAGUAGCAAAAUAAUGCAUUCACUGGCUUUGUAUAAGCUCCACAGACUCCAAUACAGACUACAUUUACAUGGACACAAGAAAGUGGCUAAUUGCAAUGUUCUGACUGAGUAAAUAGGCUCACUGACAAAGCAUACUCUCUCUCACCAGAAACUCACUCAUAACACAAAAGACAGUGAUUUCAUAAAUGUGUAAUUUCACAGGUAUGAAUCAAAUUCUCGCUCAGUACUCAGGUUUAGAAUGUCAAGCAGAGUGAUACAAACAGUAAAGCUGACGUAGGAUUACUACUGGCAAGGAUAGUUGGGAGCAUAAAUACUGUUCAGAUGUACAACAGUUUUGAACCAGGUGUUUGAAACCAAAAUUAAUAACCACUGCUAGAGAAAACAAGCAUUUGUGCAAUUGGACUUUUGGCUCAAACACUUAUGGGAACACUUUACAAUAAAGUUCCAUUCGUUAACAUUAGUUAAAGUAUUAGGUAUCAUGAACUAACAAUUUUAACAAUAUAUUGUUUACAGCAUUUAUAAAUCUUUAUUAAUGUUAGUUAAUAAAGAUACAUUAGUGCAUUAACUUAUGUUAAGUAAUGCAACUUUGGAUUUUAAAAAUGUAUUAGUAUGUUGAAAUUAACAUUAACCAAGAUUAAUUAGUACUGUAAAAUUAUUGCUCAUUGUUAGUUCGUGUCAACUAAUAUAGUUAACUAAUGUUAACAACUGGAACCUUAUUGUAAAGUCUUACCAAACUUACCAUUACUGAGAUACAGCCCUUCCGCAUGUGACGACUAGCCCCAGUCUCCCCGAUAGGGUGCAACAUCCUCCACGGUCACAGGACAUACGUGGCACAUCUGACAAACAACAGUAGCUAGAGGAAGUUAUAUGCCCUCUUUGUUUUCACAUUAAAUAUUUGCAAUUUUAUUUAUGUUUAUUUUGUCUGUAUUUCAUUUACCUACUGUUUCUACAUGAAACAUGACAUACCAAAACCUGUUCCCAAAUCCAGUUCAAAUCCUGCUAAACACACACACAACACAUAACUGCUUUUCAUUUUGGUAUGCGAGUAGUGCUUUAUAUUGGUGGUUUCCAUGUGUUUAGCCAAAUGACAUUGAAAAAACACUUCAGUAACAUCACUAAACCAAAUUACAACAUUAUUGGGUCUUACAAAUGCUUUAAAAGAGCAGAAUUAGAAACAAAUACAGUUUUUCUUUGUUUACUACUGAGGAUGUCAUUUAAUAGUGUUUCCUUUGGUAACUUAUGUUAAGAUGCAAUUUGAGUGAAUGCAAUAUGUUAAUGUUGUUUAAUCUUACAUUUAAAAAUGUAUAUUUUAAGCUGUGAAUAGUCACCUUCUCUUUUUAUUUUUUCACAUUUUGAAUCACCUUUUAACUUUAAGCAGUUCACUUACAGUACAUAUUAGAGGUAGACCGAUAUAUCCGAUAGUUGCUUUUUGGAACUAUCGUUAUAAUCAUAAAUGAAUGGCAAUAGUUGACAAUAGUUUUUUCAUCAUUUCGUCAUUUCAAAAUAAGAGUCCCCAGUGUUUUUGGGCUUGUUUAUCCUUAGAAGUCCCACGUUAUGCACCAAAUAAUUUUUUGGGGGUUAUUUUGAGGAUUUUGGUUGAACAAUAAACUGCAUCUGGGUUUAUUCA